AUGGUGGACCACUCAGGCUUCGAUACCCCGUUGAAGGCCGAGUUUGAUCGGAAUGAGAACCCACGAUGCAAGCACCCUAUCACUUUCAUCGACGGCAGUGGAACUCUUCUAACUCCGAUUACAGCAGCUCCGAAUGAACUAAGCAGCAUCUCCGACGGCAUCAAGACGAAACUCACGGCCACCGUCGGAGGUCUCGUGUCGUUCCACGGUCGACUCAUGUUCCUGACUGUCCAACCCUUUCCUGAAGAGACAAUCACCCCAAUCAAUGCCGGAAGCUUGGCAGACGGCAACGGUUCCGAUGAGGAGAGCGAUGACUGUGAACUCACGGGCUGGAGCGACUUCGAGAACGACGACGAUGACGACUCGGCGCUGUUGGACACCAUUGCUGACGAAGCUUCAACUAUAUCCUCCAUACCCGCGCCAGCAGAGCCUGCCAAGAAGCUUCAAUCCAGGCCUCAGGACCUGAUGCCUUCAACCGAACAAGAACCCAGCAUAGACCAACACAGCGGUGCAAUCGCCACUGGAGAGGUGGUAUUUUCCUCAAAAGAGCUGUGCUAUGCACUCGUGGAAGUAUCACCUUCAGUGCUCCUGCAGCUGGGUGGCGAGAGGGCCCAUGCCCAGGCAGUUCCACUCGAAAGCUACCUGGACUAUGUUGAGUCUGCGCCAUGCGAUGCGGCCGUUGAGGUCACCACUCCCGAGGGACGAAGCAUUGGCGGCACUCUUUCCGGCACGCUGGCUUUGUGCCGCCCACCAGGGCGCAGGGAACUUAUUCAAGUCUACAGCGCGAAACUCAACUCUCCCAUCGCCUCUGGCGAAUAUGGCUCGUGGCUUCGCAACGCCAAAUCCAGGAAGAUCUAUGGACACGUCUUCCCAGGCAAGCUACUCGGAAAUGAGACGAUGGUCGUACCUGCGCACCAAGUGCUCCGCCAAGCACUCGAAAAACUCAGCCAGAAUAGUAUGAAUCGCACAGCGGACUUGGAAAGGCACACGGAAUACCCGGGUUGUCCCAGUGAGAAAUCGGCAACCAAGACAAGCUCGGGCUCCAAUGUUCCGCAACUCGCCUAA